CAGGAAGUAGCGGAUCAUGACCGGAUCCUCUCUGUUGGGGGGAACAAUAAAGAAGAAGAGGGAGAUAGUCCCCGGGUUUUAUACACAUCUGAGAACGCUCCGAAUGCCAAAUAAAGUGCUGUGUCUACGAGCCUUGCCAGAUACAGAAGAAAGCGACUUGCAUGUGAGGACAAGUGUCAGCUCGGGCCGACAAUGGCGAACAAUGCAGAGGACGUGGAGAACAACACGGCGGUGACCCCCAGGCCGGAGGACGACGCAGGGGGCCUGCGGCUGCGCUCCCGGGGGGGUGGCGGGGACGGCGCCGACGGGGACGCUGGAGGGGGCGGGGGGGCGGAGCGUAACGGGCAGCCCCCCGCCGGCGCCGGACCCCAGGGCGGGGGGGUGGCGGCGGCGGUGGAGGACGACGACGACGAGGAGCUGACGCUGAAGUACGGCGCCAAGCACGUCAUCAUGCUCUUCGUCCCCGUCACGCUCUGCAUGGUGGUCGUCGUGGCGACCGUCAAGUCCGUCAGCUUCUACACGCAGAGUGACGGGCAGAGACUGAUCUACACGCCGUUCUCGGAGGACAAGAACACGGUGGGGGAGAAGGCGCUGUACGCCGUCCUCAACGCCCUCAUCAUGAUCAGCGUCAUCAUCGUCAUGACCGGCGUGCUGGUGCUGCUGUACAAGUACCGCUGCUACUCGGUGAUCCAAGGCUGGCUGUUCCUCUCGUCCCUCCUCCUACUCUUCAUGUUCACCUACAUCUACCUCAAGGAGGUGCUGAAGACCUACAACGUGGCCACGGACUACAUCACCAUCGCCGUGAUCAUCUGGAACUUCGGCGUGGUGGGCAUGAUCUGCAUCCACUGGAAGGGCCCCCUGCGGCUGCAGCAGAGCUACCUCAUCAUGAUCAGCGCCCUCAUGGCCCUCGUCUUCAUCAAGUACCUGCCCGAGUGGACCGCCUGGCUCAUCCUGGGCGCCAUAUCCAUCUACGAUCUGCUGGCGGUGCUGUCGCCCAAAGGUCCUCUGAGGAUCCUGGUGGAGACGGCCCAGGAGAGGAACGAGCCCAUCUUCCCAGCCCUCAUCUACUCCUCCACCAUGGUCUGGCUGGUCAACAUGGCCGACACGGAGUGGCCGCCGAAGAGGAACACCACCCAGGCACCCGAGGCCCCCCCAGCGCCAGAGCCCCUGGCCGAGGCCCCUCCCCCCAGCAGCCCGCGGGAGGAGGACAGCGGCUUCAGCCGGGACUGGGUGAACCAGCAGCAGAACCAGCUGGGCCAGCUGCAGUCCACCGAGGAGACCCGGCGGCAGAUCCAGGAGAUGCCCUCGGACCGGCCCCCCGUGGAGGAGGAGGACGACGAGGAGCGGGGUGUGAAGCUGGGUCUGGGGGACUUCAUCUUCUACAGCAUGCUGGUGGGCAAGGCCUCGGCCACGGCCAGCGGGGACUGGAACACCACGUUGGCCUGCUUCGUGGCGAUCCUCGUGGGUCUGUGUCUGACGCUGCUCCUGCUGGCCAUCUUUAAGAAGGCGCUGCCCGCUCUGCCCAUCUCCAUCUUCUUCGGUCUGUUUUUCUACUUCUCCACCGACUACCUGGUGAGGCCCUUCAUGGACGAGCUGGCUCUGUACCAGUUUUACAUUUAGCAGGACCUCCCCGGCACAGGGGGGGGGGGGUCUGGUGGCCGGGGCAGGGGUGCUGGGUGGGGGGGCGACGGGUGAGUCUUCCUCUCCCCCAUUAGCCUCUUGUGGACUCAUGAACUGAACAACGGAACUAGUUGUUUCAUCACCUUCAUGCUGGAAGGACUUGCUUCCUCCAUCCUCCUCCUCCUCCUAGCCCUCUUCCUCUUCCUCCUCCUCACUUUUUGUUUAUUUACGAUGAAUAAAAAAAGGAACAUUUUAAUUGAACGGAUCUUGGGCUGUUGGCGGUCCCCCCUCGCUGCUAACCAGAUGGUCCGGUCCUGCCUCCGUUCCAGCCAAUGGGAGAAGACGAUCGGCCUUGUUCUGAUCUCUGAUUGGCCGAGAGGUCAAUGGAGCAGAGCACAACCCCCCCCUCCCCCGCACGCUGCGUUCCCCUCCCCUGCCCCAUACACACACGUUAACACCGCCGUCUGCUUUGGCCCGCCGUGCAUGUGCACUGAAGAACAACUUUUUAUUUCAAGGACUGAGGAGGUGCCUUGCUGAAGGACACUGCGGUGAUGGUUCGUUCCAACACCACUGCAGUGGGUCUGCUAACAUUUUAGCGCCUGCUAACAUUUCAGCGUCAUUGCGAUUACAUUGUUUGCAUCGUCUGUAGAAAGACUUUCCUGAAACUAAUCUACCUUAAUGAUGACGAGGGGAAGAGGAUGAUCCUGUUCUCCAAAGCCUGGGACCGUGGAGCACUGAGAUCAUUACCCAUCAGCCCCGUCACCGGUCUGAGCUGGCUCUCCCUCCCCAAGGGGAACAUGUGAAAGCGUAGUUAUUAUAGAAGGAAAGAUGAUUAUUAUUUUAUCUUUUUUUGAAUCAUGAAACUUGCACUCUUUGCAUUCUCUCACUAUCUCGUUCACUCUUUCACUCACUCGGUUUCAUUCACUCUUUCACUCGCACAUAUUCGCCCCCUUAUUCCUGCCGGACCAGUGGUCACGUGACCGCACGGCGACGUGCGCGUCGCCAUGGCGACACACCCACCGCCACCACUGUACAGCGCUGUGAACCUCUGAGCAGCUAUUGGUCGACCCAUCAAAGGACCUCUGUACUGGGUGGUGAUUGGCCCUCACUAGCCAUCUCAAACGUACCGCAUCACGCGUGGCCCCCGCUGGAGUCGGACGCGGCGUCCGGGAGGACCCGCCCACUUGUGAUGUCACAUUCUUGACGUGACCUGUGACGACCAAUGAGGCGCCACGCCUGGUGGAGACAUAGGGACACUUUACGCUGUGUGACUGAGUGUGUGAGUGUCCAGGUGCGGAUAUCAGUCUCUCGGGGGCGGGGCCAUCAUUCCUUACGCAAUAUGCCGGUAGGGGGCGUUGUCAGGAGUUGCGCUGACGACUGACUUCCUGUUUCUCGCUGCUCACAUGGAGGUCAAAGUCAGCCUGCGGAGACUUUUAUCCUGAUUGUUGAUUGUCUGAUUGGCUGUAAUGCGUGAUUGAUUGUUUUGCUGUCGUGCAUGUGUACAUUUAUGUACAUUAUGCAACAGUGAUUUCUUUUACGUAUGUCUUUUUUUUUCUUCUUUUUUUUUAAUAAAUACUGAAACAAGAACACA